UAUGUUCGCACCAAUUUAAUUAUAUUAGUAGUAGAUAAUGAAUUUUUAAUUAUUCAAUAUAUAUUUAUUAUUUCAUAAUAUUUUAUAAACAUAUAAUAUAUAAAAUAAUUUAUAUAUAUAAUGUUCAUCCCGUGCAAGGCGCGGGUCUUAACCUAGUAUAGAAGUAUUACAGGAGAAACAAUUUUUAAAAGCUGUCGAGAAGUACAAGCGCAAACACAUGCGCUAAGCCGCUAAGAUGCUGAAAUGCACGCGUACUAAAACACACGUAUUGUCUUUACUAAAAUGCAAACUCAUGCAUCUAUAUAUAUAUUAGCUGGGAUUCAAACUAAAAUUUGUCAUCCAACUGGUAGACCAGAUAUAGCAUUCAAAUGAUUUUCUUAACGUAGGUCAAUUUGGAUGAAGUUCAAAAGGAGUUGGAUGAAUAAAUCAUUGUAUGGAAUUAAUAUUUUAAAAUUUAACUCCUCAUCAAGAGAUCAAAAAACAUGUCAAUAUUUGUCAUCAAUGGAAAGAGUAUCAAAUCCAAAGAAGACUAAUACCCUCAGGUUCCGCAAACCGCAUGAUGAACACCAGAACAAACUCAGAGGAUAACCCGCAAAGCAAAACAAAAACAUCGUGUUAAUUAUAUUCUUUUUAGAAGCCUAACAAGACCAAUGAUUUGCAACAGACAAGGAAAGUAAACUCUAUAAUUAACUCCAGUUGGCCUUCUACACUAUUUCCGAGGAGAAUUUCUGAUCCUCCCUCACAGUCCUCCGAGCUAAAAAAACCCUAGAGAAACCCUAAGAAAUGUCUACAGGAGGUGGAGGUGAAAAAAGUACGGUUCAGAUUUUCAAAAAAUGUCACAAUUUGCUUACGCAAUUGAUGAAGCAUGAGGAUGGAUGGGUGUUCAAUGUCCCAGUUGAUGCUAAAGGGUUUGGUUUGCAUGAUUACCACACCAUUGUUAAGGAGCCUAUGGAUUUGGGUACAGUGAAGGCUAAGCUAGGGGAAGGUUUGUAUGAGUCGCCGUUGGAUUUUGCUGAAGAUGUUAGACUUUUUACUUUUAACAAUGCGAUUUUUUGGAAUCCUGUUGGGCAUGAGGUGCAUAGUAUGGCUAAGUUUCUGUUGAGCAUGUUUGAGGAGAAAUGGGUUCCUAUCGAACUGCAGUAUCAUAAUCUUCACCGGGAGAUCAAACCGGCUAGUGUUGUAGAGCCUUUACCAGCUCCUACACCUCCUCCGUCUCUUCGGCCUGUGGUGCUUGAGGAUAGGACUUUGUAGAUUUCUGAAUCUAUGACAACACCGUUGGAACCUGAAAUCGUCACUGCUGCCCUCGAGAAGCCUGAAGGAGAUGAGGAGGCGCCUGUUGAUGUUAGGGACCUGAAGAUGGAUGAGAAACGGAGACUCAGUGAAGAGCUUCAGGACUUGCCUUAUGAUAAACUAGAGACAGUUGUUCAGAUUGUGAAGAAGAGUAAUCCGGAGCUCUCUCAACAGGAUGAUGAGAUUGAGCUGGAUAUUGACAGUCUUGACAUCCAAACGCUUUGGGAGCUUUAUAGUUUUGUGACUGGGUAUAAGGAGAACUUGAGCAAUAAAAAGGAGGAGGAUCAGGGUUUUGGUUCAGAAAGAGAUGCUGAAUCUGCUCACAACAUUAUCCAAGAACCGGCAACUGGCACCGAAAGAUCGAGAGUUACUGAAUCAGGGAAAGCUAUUCGCAUGUCUUCUUCUCCUGUUCGGCAAGAAAACAAGGCAGGUGGAUCAAGUAGUUCUAACAGUUCCAGCAGUGACUCGGGAUCUAGCUCUAGUGAUUCUGACAGUGACAGCUCCUCUGGACGUGGAUCAGAUACUGGUAAUUAGAGCUGACAAGUCAAGAUAGUGUUUAGCUUUAGAAUCAGAGCCGUCAUGUUAUUUUCUAAGUCGAUGACUUUGCCCCAAUUGGAUUGUUUUCUGUAUUAGGAUGUUUUACUGUACAGAAGAAUGAACUGUAGAUGUCUUCCUCUAAUCAACAUGCUUGUUCCCUGCGUCUUAAGUGGAACAAAUCAAUUGUUUAGAGCAGUAAAGGAAACUAGAAGGGGCAUUAAGAAGAAUUUAAUGUUUUUCAUAUUAGAAGAAACAGAUUGGUUCUUGGUAUCA